AUGGGCUCGCAAGGUAUCAAAAUCCCCUUCAACUGGGUCAAUUUCUGGACAUGUAUGGCGUUGAGCUUUGGCAUGUUUGUGAACGGCUACCUCUCUGGCGUCAUCGGCGACACUUUGGCCGAUCCAGGCUUCCUUGUGUACAUGGGCCUGGUAGAUAAGAAUGGCGACCCUACUGGCAACUCUGAAGCCUUGAUCGGCGCUACCACUGGCAUAUUCCAGGCUGGAGGGUUCGUUGGGGUCCUCAUCGGUAGCUGGCUGCUUGACCGGUUCGGGAGAAAGAAGACUGCGAUAAUCGUGGCUGCCAGUUGCAUUAUAUCCCAGGCUAUUACUGCCGCUUCUCAAAAUGUUGCCAUGUUCAUUGCGCUAAGAUUCUUUGUGGGAGCUGCGGCAUUCAUGGAAAUGUCUAUCACGCCGGUAUACGUCGCCGAGCUGGCACCCACAAAGACUCGUGGCUUGACGGUGGGUAUAACCGGGGUUUGGGUCGCAGUGGGUUACGCGGUGGCUGCGUAUUUCGGCGCAGCCUUCUUCAGCCUCGGAGAGACCAUCCAGUGGCGUCUUCCACUCGCCCUCGGCGUGGCCUGGCCACUCCUCUUGCUCCCUGCGCUGCUUGUUGUCCCAGAGUCACCAAGAUACCUUUUAAUGCAGGACAGGGCUGAAGAAGCACUCGCUGUUGUCUUGAAACAACAUGCGGCACCGGGUCAUGAAGACGACGCCCGUGCAGAGUUCUUUCAGAUGCAGCGACAGGCUGAGCUCGACUGUACCCUCGACGCUUCGUGGAUUGGAUUUCUGAAACAUAAAACCCACCGUCGAAGAGGUGGAUUGGUGCUCAUUCUGGGCUUUCUGGCACAGACGUCCGGCAAUCUCGUCGUCAAUAACUAUGGCCCAAGCCUCUACGGAGCUCUUGGCUAUGGUCCAUACGACCAAGUCAGGUUCCAAUGCGGCUACAUCACAACGGCGAUCAUCUUCAGCACCAUCGGUUCGAUGCUGGUGGACCGUCUAGGACGCCGAUUGAUCUUGAUCAGUGGCCUCACAGGAUGCGCAUGCAUGAUCUCCGUAGAGACUGCAAUGGUGGCCUGCUAUGCCGAAGCAGGGACCAACAAGCCCGGCCUUGCCGUCGGCGUCGCGGCUCUAUAUUUGUUCGAGUCUUGCUACUGCUUCAGCGUUGACAUCUGUCUCUUUAUCGUGUCCAGCGAGCUCUUCCCCAAUCACCUUCGCUCGAAAGGGGUUGCCCUAGCCAUUGGAGCGUGCAACUUGACAAACAUUGUUCUCCUCACAACAGCGCCGACAGCCUUCCGACACGUUGGAUGGAGAUUCUUUCUUUUGUUCAUCAUCACCACGGCAUGUGGUGUUGUGUUUCUUUACUUCUUCCUCCCAGAGACAAGCUCUAUUCCUCUUGAGGAAACUGCGGUGGUGUUCGGCCUGACGGAAGAGGUGGCGGUGAAGUCCAAAGACAUAUACAUUGAUCACGACACCCACGAAAUUAUCGUUCAAAAUCAGGAUGACAUUGAAGAACUGGGUACAACUAGAGUCGAACCGGCGCAGUCAGAGAAAGACAACAGAGCUGAACACAAAGAAGUGGUCGCCGAGGACUGA